AGCUUUAAAUGGCCGAAGGAUACUUUAAGCUACUGUCAUUAAUGGUGCUGGCAAGUCUUCUGGUCAGUAGCCAGACGGCCGAGUGGCAGAUACGCUACCACCAUCCCAAUUUCCCUGGCAAAUGCACCAUCAAUCCCAAGCUGGUGCUCAACGGGGGAGUGAGCAUCAAAGAUCCGACGCACGAAUGCCGUCAAAUUGUUUGCGGACGCAAUGGCAUGGUGGUGUUCCAAAGCUGCGGAGUGAGUGACCUGCCGAGGAGCUGUCGCUUUGGCAACUACACCCAUCCAGAGCUGCCAUAUCCGCAGUGCUGUACCCGGAAAAAGUUCUGCUCUGAAAAGAAGGCCGGUCCAUAGAUGUCAUAGCAUAGGUGGCAGCUAUCAUUUAAAUGUUUUUUAGUUCGUAGUAGUCUCUAGUCUAGAUACAAAAUGUUCCCUCUGAAAUUUUCAAUUUUUUUCGGUUUUCUUAUUGCCUCAUGCAUGUCUAAGGAAGCACCUGCUGUUCAGUUCUCCUUGAACAACUAUAUGCAUGGAGCCUAUCCCGGUCGGUGUGUCAUCGAUGUGGACCCAUCAUUAAUCACUCUAGAAUUGGGACAGGCCGUCACUUUACCCAACUUGUCCUGUGUGGUGCUCAUUUGCAUUGGCGAUGGCUAUGGCGUGCUCUACAAAUGUGACCAUUCGAGUCCGCCAGAAACUUGCCAUUACGGAGAUUUCCUGGAUCUCAAUGCUUUUUUCCCAGAUUGCUGCAAGCGCAAGGUUAUAUGCAAUUAAAAUUUAAAGUCAGUUAAAAUUGUAGUCAGCGUAAAUUGUUUAAAGUGAAGAUGUAAAUAAAAUAGUAACAGAAAUACCAUUUGUCGGGUCAAGCAGCAUAAA